GGUCACCCAUUCCGCAAACCCCGUCUCCCCCCCGUUAUGUACGACUUUUAGACUUAUUAUCCUGUCCAAGGAAAAGAAGAAGAAAAAAUGUCGCUUCAUCAUCAAUCCCUUCUUCUCUGUUCUCCCCAACCCAAGACCUGGUUUCCUCGGCAAGGAGGAUUCAAUUCAGCAACACCUAAGUUAUAUUCUCAGUUUUGUCCGUCAAUAAAAACCUCAGCAAUCCGUCUUAGAUGCCAAAGUAAGAAGAAGUCCAACGAUUUCAGUAUUGUGGCAGCUCAAUCCAACCUAUUUUACAAAGUUAUUCAAACAGUAUGGAGCGUUGGCAAGGAUGGCAUUGAAGCUGGGACCAAUCUUGUUCCUAGUUCUGUUCCGAGGCCAGUGGCUAAGAUUUCCGUUACGGUUGGAGCAGCAGCGCUUUCCCUCUUUGUACUCAAAUCCUUGCUGUCUACGGUCACUUUUGUGCUGGCCAUGAUGGGGAUCAUAUAUUUUGUAUACAUAGCCUUGAACAAGGACGAAGGUCCAAGAGGAGGUGGAGGAGGAACGACGACUACCACUACGGAUGAGGACUCUUUGGAAGAAGCACGGAGGAUAAUGGAGAAGUACAAGUGAAUUUUUUUUACUUUUAUGUUCUUUUUCAAAAGGCAUCUAUACAUAUUUUACAUUUUCAUUCUCUUGUUCCCUCUUUAUAAUUCCGUGCAAUGUAAAGCUUGUUGAUAUCAUUGAAAUUAUGUGAAUGGACGGAUAUUAUUAAUGAAAUUAUUUAUCUUUUUCUUA